CCACCAGCUUUGAGUUACACACGUGAGCUCGGCACUAACCCCGUGAGGGCGAUAUCACCUGCCUCAGUGUCGGGCUCGCAAAUAGCCGCUCAAGCAGUUUUCGUGUGGAUGGAAACAAUGACUUUGUAAAAGGAAUUUUGCAGUUGCUUGAUUUUGAUUUGCUGUAAGAUGGCCACUGCCAAAGGUGACCGAGCAUCCAAGUUCGAGACCUUAAGACUCCUGGAAAAAUGCAGAAAGGAGCGGGAUGACGCUGUCCACCGAGAAGGCAUCCUGCGGGAAAAACUCCGGCAGUAUGAGUCCAGGCUUCGCUCCACUGAGGCCCUGAAGCAGAAGUUCAAGACCUUGCUCAUAGACAACAAGGAGCUGAGGAAGAAUAUCAAAACCCUGCGUAUAGAUAUUGGCCUGGAGUGCAGUCCCAAGUUCCUCGGCAAGACUACAAAGGACAUCAUCAACGACCUGCAUGAGAAGGAACGUGAGUGCGACGCCCUGAUAGAGAAGGCGGCGAAGCUGGGUCUGACUGUGGAUGAACUGACAUCCGAGCUGGCCAACGCCGUCACGUCCAAGACACUGCUGGAGGAGCAGGUCCAGUCUUUGCAGCAGAACCUCAAGGAUAUGACCAACAACCAGCGGCGUCUGCUCAAGCUGUGGGAGGACAAGAGGGUCCAGCGGGAGCAGCAGGCCUUGCCCGCCAUCACGUUCAAGCCCGGGCAGAAACCCACAUUUACUCAGAAGGCCGUUCAGACGGACAUGUCCAUCAGUGCGUCCCAAAAACUACCUGUCAACGCCUUUGAGACCAAGACAGACGAUGCAAAGACAGCAUUGGAUAGACCCAGUUUUACCACUUAUCAUCAGGAUAAGUCUUUUAUGCGUGAUGAAAGUAAAGGGAUUCACAACUAAUUCAUAAGUAGUCCAAUAAUUUAUAGUGGCAAGAUCUUCUCCAUCCAGG